AUAUUUUUUGAUAAAUUAAGAAACGAAUCGGUCCAAUCAGAAAUUUUCAUCAACGAAGAAAAAAAGAAAAUAAAGAAAGAGAAGAUCACCUCUUCCUGAAAUUCUAACCACAUAUGCAACAAAAAGUCGAGAAUAAACGCAUCUAUCAGCGAUCUUGGAUCUUCUACUAUGGUAAUGGAGAUUCAACACCCCACCUUUCCUAUACUUAUCGCCUCCCUUUUCUUUGUAAUCAUAGCUGUGAAGCUAUGGAAAAAAUCCAAGAUUCAGGAUAAACUGCCUCCAGGUCCUAUAAAGCUUCCACUUAUUGGGAACUUGCACCAGUUGUCUAGCUCAUUGCCUCAUCAUACUUUGAGGGAUUUGGCCAAAAAAUAUGGUCCCAUUAUGCACCUACAACUCGGUCAAGUUUCUGCUGUUAUUAUAUCAUCACCACAAAUGGCAAAAGAGGUAAUGAAGACCCAUGACUUAAUCUUUGCUAAUAGGCCACAACUUCUUGCUGUAGAGAUUCUGAGCAACAACAGCCCCAGCAUUUCAUUCUCUCCUUAUGGGGCUAAUUGGAGACAACUUAGAAAAGUAUGUGUCUCGGAGCUUCUAAGUGCAAAACGUGUUCAAUCAUUUGAGUCAAUCAGGGAAGAGGAAGUAGAGGAUCUUAUUGAAGCAAUUGCCUUGACACCGCCACAAGUUCCUAUUGAUAUCAGUAAAAUGAUCUUCUCGAUGACGAAUAACAUAACUGCCAGGGCAGCCUUUGGUAAGAAAUGCAAGCACAAAGAUGGGUUUAUUGCAGCUAUGAAAACAAUUACAGAGCUAUCAGGAGGUUUUGAUAUACCAGAUUUAUUUCCUUCCUUCAAAAUUCUCCACUCAUUAAGUGGAGUGAAGACUGCACUUGAGAAAGUACACCAAAAGGUUGAUAAAAUCUUUGAGGAUAUAAUAGAAGAGCAUAAGGCAAAUAGGAGAGAGAUGAGCAGUAACAUGUUGCAUAAGGAAGAUUUGGUUGAUGUGCUACUUAGGGUUCAAGAAAGUGGUGAUCUAAAAAUUCCCAUCUCAAGAAACACUCUCAAAUCUGUCAUUUUGGAAAUGUUCAUAGGGGGAACUGACACAUCAUCAACUGCUUUAGAGUGGGCCAUUUCAGAAUUGAUGAAGAAUCCACAAGUGAUGGAAAAGGCACAAGCUGAGGUGAGACAGGUUUUUGAAGGGAAAACUAAAAUCACAGAAUCAGAAAUUCAAAAGCUAGAUUAUAUGAAAUUGGUUAUCAAAGAGACGCUACGUAUGCAUCCACCCGUACCUUUGUUACUACCAAGAGAAGCAAUAGAAAAAUGUGAAAUUGGUGGCUAUGACAUACCCGCCAAAACUAAAGUCAUCACCAAUGCCUGGGCAAUAGGUAGACAUCCAAAGCACUGGAAAAAUGCUGAAUGCUUUGAACCAGAAAGAUUCCAAGAUUCUGUUUUUGAUUUCAUAGGGACUAAUUCUGAGUACAUACCAUUUGGAGCUGGCAGAAGGAUAUGUCCAGGGACAAUAUUUGGAAUUGCGAAUAUUGAACUUCCACUUGCCAAAUUACUAUUUCACUUUGACUGGAAGCUCCCUGAUGGAAUUGAAGCAAAUGAUCUUGACAUGACAGAGACUUUUGGGGCAACAGCAGGAAGGAAGAAUGAUUUGUACUUGGUUGCAAAACCUUAUAUUUCCAAAUCCUAAGACUGAUGAUUGAUGCAUAAGUAUGCACAUGAAAUAAAGUUUCUUCUAUUCUUUU